ACACUCAAUCAUUGAUGCAGUCUCACCCUCCUCCGUAUAAAUUCGGAGCCGCACCUUGUCCUAUCUCUCUCCGACUGACACCUUUUCUCAUUUCCUGUUCGCUUCGCUUUAGGGGGAGCGAAUUUCAAGCUCUGAAGAGGCUGGUCUUCUCUGCGAACAGUUGCCUUACUGGAGAAUUAAGAGGAUUACUGUGCAGCAAUAUUUCAAGAGGAUGGAGCACAACGAGACAGGAUGCCAAGCACCUCCAGAAGCUCCCAAACUUUGUGCGAAUAGCUGUGGAUUCUUUGGAAGUGCAGCAACCAUGAACUUGUGUUCAAAAUGCCACAAGGACUUGGUAUUGAAGCAAGAACAGGCCAAAGUCGCUGCAGUGUCCAUUGAAAGUGCUGUGAAUGCCACUCCCAGUAACUGGGGAAAGAAGCCUGCUGUGACUUUAGAUGUACAAGCUGGUUCAGUAGAUCUGCCUUUUAUCUCAACAGAAGCAUCCAGUACUCCGCCUCCAAACUGUGAGAAGAAGGUGAAAGAGGCUCCCACCCGAUGCAACAGUUGCAGGAAACGGGUUGGUCUGACUGGAUUCAACUGCCGCUGUGGCCAUCUAUUCUGUGCAGUUCAUCGAUAUACUGAUAAACAUGACUGUCAGUAUGACUAUAGAGCUGCUGCGCAGGAUGCUAUAGCAAAAGCCAACCCUGUUGUCAAGUCUGAAAAGCUCGAGAAGAUAUGAAGAAGCAGCUUUGGAAGCAGGAGCGUGCCUCUGAUGAAUUACUGCACACAUGCUCUGAUUUCCAUCCAUAAGGCCUCUGCUUAUGCUGUUUAUAGAUGAUUGGAAGCUGGUUUGGCAUGUUUCUUAAUGACAGGAACAAUGUGUGCUAUGGAUAAUUUGCUUGCUUGUUAAGUUUAAUAGUUAUAUAUGUUAUGGUUUAAGCUUGCUUCUGGUA